UAAAGAGACCACCACGUAUGAGGCUGUGUAUUUACAGGUGUCAACAAGCUUUCCUGCCCUCGUCUCUGCCAUCCAAUUUGUCCAUGUAGACCUCCCAUAGGCGAUCGAGGCCGGAAGCGACAGCGAGAACAUACCCCUCCUCCCUCCCGCCGGCCGGACAGACGUCGGGUCUACCCCAAGAAGCCGCCCUAGGCCAGCACAACACCACCCUCAGUCGAGCGGCCGGCCGCCAACAACCACAACCCCAUCCUCCACCGCUCCGUCCAGAGAGCCUGAAGCCCCAGCCGGCAGCGACGCACCGCGGUCGGUAAGACUUGCGGGUACGAGGCCCGUGUGUCCAUCCCUCUUCCAAUCGAUUGGCCCCCACCUGCUUUUCCGGAAUCUUCGAUCGUACUUCUCGACCAGUACACCAGACUACAUCGCACCGCGGGCGCGUCUGAGGGGGGAUUGCAUCGGACGAUCGGCCUGAAACUCAUUCAUGAGAGCAGGACGGCCGACGGCCGACCAGCCAUUCGGACGCUGCGUCUCUGGGAGCAGCAGCGUCGGGACGGCGACAGCAUCGGGUUCGCAUCGACAGCAAGAGGUGGAGGUCAGGGGGAGUGCGGGAUGGCGGCGGCCGGCACUUGCGUCUGCAUGGACUGCGGCGCUGCGACGGAGACGCGUGUGUGCUGGUGGCAGCGGUGCGGGUGGUUCACGGUGUUUAAUGAAGCCGAUCGGCUCAGCGUACAUUGGGAAACACAUGGGUACAUCAGGGACGAGGAGGGAGGGUUACAUUGCGGACGGACGGACGUUGGGCAAAUGCUCGGAGAACGAUACUUGUUCGGUGCUCGCUUCAGGCUGAUGACGCCCGAUUCGCGCUGUUUUUGGCUGCUGGCUUUCGGGUCCUCAUCUUUCGGGUCCCCGUCGUCUGGCUCUUGGCGACGGCUCUUGCACGCUCAUUCAUCCUCUUCGCUGCAAGGCUCGACCCUUUGCGGCCAGGCUCGGCGUAGUAUUGGGUCAGACUUGCGAGCUGGGCCAAAAAUUGCGGCGGGCGGCGUCAGCGCCAUCCUUGAACGAACCGACAAAAACGGCACGGCAUACCGCGAUACCAGCAUUCAUUUCCAGCCUCCUUCUCUCGAUUUCAGGGCACCGUUCGCGAUGCUUGUUCCAGGCGUACCCGUAGAAUUUCCUGCGGCUGUCCAACCAAAAUGGCCGCCCGCACGCCCGGCACCACGCUCCCCACGCAUGGGACGCUUUUAUCCACGAAUCACUGGCCAGGCUGGCGACCCGCUGAGGAAGCGUGCAGUUGGUCUUCAUUGUCUUUCUGCCUCGUUUCGGCGGCGGAUUGGCGAGGCACUGCUGGACCUGUGCCAAGACAGCUGAGGCCCAGCCUGGGUCAGAAUCGUACUGAAAUACAGUGCAGUGCCAUUUGGUGCUGUGCUCGUUAGUAAAGCAUAUCGGUGGAAGCUCACAAGACUCGAUCUCUCCUGCGGGCAGCAGAAGCGGGGUCUGCCCUGGCUAUUGCCUGGGCACUUGACUGUCCGUGGGAAGUCUGUGCGGACAGACUCAAUGUCAGAGAUGAGGAGGAGGGCAGGGCAGCUUGUAACAUCACCAGUGACGAAGACUGCAUUUGGAAGCUUUGCCACACAGACGUCGACGUCGGCGGCAGAAACCGUUUUCCAGAGAGCAAAGACGCUGGGCUGAUCAACGACGGACUGGAUCCUGGCGGCGGAUUGGUUCUGAAACACAGAGAUGCGGGCUCGAUGAGGGGUGACCGACCAGGAGGGGCUGUUGACCGGACGGUCCUGGUGCCGACUCGUGACUGGCUGGAGAGUGCAGAUGGAAGAUGUACUUACGGGGUGUAGGCACCGGCAACACUCGUCUCCUUUUCAUCGUCGGCGGGGUCCUCCCAUACACGGAGAUGACGGAUCCUGGGGAUGGAGGAUCGUACUCUGGGAAUCGCUCGCGAUCUGAGAAGACAAUGGCGUCGGCAGAGUUCACCGGACGACAUCGAUGGCGUACCCCGGAUUCUGCAGAGCACUGUGGCAUUUCCUUGGCAUACCUUGAGGUCGAAGAAUCAGCGAAUGUGCGAGCACCAAUCAAGGCUCUUACGCAGGGCUCAGAUUCAAUGACUCUGGACGCAUCGUCCGGCUAGUCUCCAAUGGCGGCAUCACGGCCCUGUGUGAUCUGUCUCCCUGUCAGCUCUCGACGCUCAGACUUUCGCAAGCACACACAAAGACGCUGGGCCAUCGCAUUCGGCUGCGUGGCUAGUCAGCAAGGCCGGUAGCGCAGACAGAUGGCUGAAUGUGUAGAUGUGCAUGCAUCUCCGCUGUCCACAACGUUGCUGCACUACCCUCAGAUGGGUUCCAGUGGAUGCAUCCGCGAACAAUGACGGCCGAUCACUAGUCCGAUGUCGUUGCGAAUGGUUCAUCGCCGGCAGAGGCUGGGUCGGAGGCGAGAUAAGUACGUGACGGGGGCUGCCACCACCCUCUGAGGCAGGGCGAUUUCUGGGGGAGAGAGCAAGUCACUUCACUGUUUGUUGACUGUGCGAAGCCUCAUGUUCUCAUCUCCUGUCGGACCACAAUGAUGUCGUCGUGCUUUGUUUGUAUUUUAUUACCACGCUCGUUCACGUCUCUCCACCCGAAUCGAGCGCACCGUCACUGCCCACUAGUCGCUGAAGGGUUUGCCCUAGCUCGCAAUACGUUUUACGACGCGUACCGGCCUCGAUCAUCAAUUUGCCGCGAUAGGAUGACGACGCGUCGUGGUUACCGUCUGAUCUAGCUCAAUCCCAUGGACGAAAGAGAGACCAUUCACGCCACGAAGACCUACCUCAGAGAGUGCAACCAUAGCAGCGCCGCGGUCCAGUCCAUGGCCGAUGAGAUCUAGUGCCGCGGUUUGAAUGCCGGCGUUGGGUCACACCAGGAUCGUCAGCAGGACCCAAGUACGGUCUGAAUACUCGAGGAGUGUGCAUCAACAGGAUCCUGUUGGUCGUCGAGCGACCUCCGUCCUGACCCACUGUGGAAGAGUACUGCACCGCUUCUGCGCCCUCUAUGGCCAUCACGAACGACUUGCUCUCGCGGGAAACAGGGAAAGGCGCGCUGACCGACCGACGAGUGAAUGCUUGCCCCAUCAUCGUGAAUACCUACGCUCAGAUGGAACUAGACGCCAAGAUCCUCCUCAAGCAGAGCACGCGCCGACUCGCUGCGCAGCGGGUGCAAGAGUCGAGCUCCCCGCAGAGACAGAAAUUGGAGCGCUACAUAGACCUUGGUGCUCAUACUUGUCGGAAACUGGUUCUGGAGGUACAACUGCCCGCGAUAAAACUUGGGUGGGAGCCUCUCAUUUUGUGUCUACUACCAUAUGGACCUAGGGAUGUGCCGCUACUCCUGCUCUUUUCUCACUUUUCUCUUGACUAGGCUUUAUUCUGCCACUUCUCCCCGCGUCUUUCUCUCUCUCUUCCUCUUCUCUCCACCCUUGACGACAAUUAUUUGGUCUUCGCAUUACUAACUCGCUACGCUGUAAAACAACACUCGACAUUAAAUACGCCCUCCUUGCCCCUUUGCUGGUUCAUACUCUGCUUACUACAGUUUGCGUUGGAGUUUUCCGAAAUCUUAUUACAGACCCCAUGUUUCGCGGCUGGAGAAAUUCAUGGCCACUGUAAUGAGGUCUUCGUUCCCC